AUGCGACACCCUUCCGUUGACCAUCCCACAUGGGAGACUCCCUUCAAGGUCAUCGUUGUCGGGGCUGGAGUUGCUGGCUUGACACUGGCUCACUGCCUAGAGAAGGCCAAUAUCGACUAUGUUGUCCUAGACAAGGGCAUAGUGGCACCACCUUUUGGCACGACAAUUACUAUGCAGCCCCAUGGCUGUAGAAUUCUUGACCAGCUUGGUUGCUUAGAUGCUGUUUUAUCCCAGUGCUCCACCAUGAAAGGAUGUUCCUGUCGCACGUCUACCGGCAAAGUUUACGCAGAAAAUCGUUUCUUCGAAGUAAUACAACAAUAUUCCGGUUACAGCACUUGUACCUUGGAUAGGAGGGUGUUUCUGAGAACCCUCUACAACCAGCUUCGUGACAAAUCGAAGGUCCUUGAAAGGUGCCGAGUCGAGAACAUCAUCGAAGAAACUGGAAUAGUGAAGGUAUUGCUCGCGGACGGAACGGAGCAUGUGGGCAAUCUCGUUGUCGGAGCCGAUGGUGUCCACAGCAAGGUACGAGAGCUCAUGUGGGAUAAAGCCAACAGAGCCAUACCAGGCUCUAUCUCAGCCGCAGAAAAGCGCUCCAUGGCCACCACCUACAAUGCGCUCAUCGCAAUGUGCCCUCCGGUGCCCGGCCUCAGUAAACACGACAUGGAAAUUACCUCAGGUAACGGGUUUUCCUUUCUCCUUUUGUGCCAGCCGACUUUCAUCACGUUCAUAGCACACUGCAAACUGCCGGAGGCCAAACGAUACCGUUGGCCUAAUCGCGGGAAAUACACCGAAGAAGAGAUGGAAGCCUUGGCUAGCAAGCUCGCCGACUGUCCUGUUACCGAGACUGUUUUGUUUGGAGAACUCUGGCGCUCGCGUACUAAAGGCCAGCUUAUAUCGCUGGAAGAAGGUGUCCUCAAGCACUGGUUCUUUGGCCGCAUAGUCCUAGCAGGGGAUGCCAUCCACAAGAUAACUCCUAACUCGGCCCUAGGAGGCUGUACGGCCAUGGAAAGUGUCGUGAGCAUUGCAAACGCAAUUCAUGGCCUUGUCCACGCGCACCCAAACAAAGAGCCCUCUGAUGUUGAAAUCCGCGAUGCGCUGCAGCACUAUCAGGAUUCUCGUCUUGAUCGUGUAAAGGGGAUUGUCGAGUUCGGGGCAAAGAUGACACGUCUACAGGCGUACGAUGGAUGGUGGAAUUAUAUAACGCAACGAUGGAUAACGCCGGUCAUCGGAUUGGAUUGCCUGGCUAGGGAUGCCUCCAGGCUCUUCAGUGGAACGCCCAAGCUCAAUUAUGUGCCGUUCGAGGGGAAAGCAGGGAAGUUGGGAUGGAAUGAAGAUAGUACUACACGGCUGACCAGGUCUCCAGGGAAGAAGGCGGCUCGGGGAGGGAGGGCCUUGAAGCGGAUUCUGCCUGUUGUGGUCGGCACCUUGAUGCUUCUUUCAUCGACGCUUUGGUGGGUUAUUUCCGGCGAUAUGAGGCAUGCCUCUGCGGGAUUUGGGGCCUUUAUCAAGUUCGCAUAG